AUGGCAGAGGUGGUUGGGCCAAGGUUGUACAGUUGCUGUAAUUGCAGAAAUCAUGUUGCCCUUCAUGACGAUGUCAUUUCUAAGGCUUUUCAGGGAAGACAUGGUCGAGCCUUUCUGUUCUCUCACGCAAUGAACGUUGUGGUUGGGCCGAAGGAGGAUAGGCAGCUAAUGACUGGCCUCCACACGGUUGCUGAUGUAUAUUGCUCUGACUGCCGUGAAGUGAUUGGUUGGAAAUAUGAACGAGCUUAUGAGGAAACACAAAAAUACAAGGAAGGGAAGUUCAUACUUGAGAAGUCAAAAAUAGUCAAGGAAAACUGGUAG